GUCGUCGAGAAAACAAAUGCAUUGUGAGCUGGAAGCCGCCUUUCGCAUAAUUAUUUCGGCUAGUAAACGAGUGUUUGUUGAAAAAUGGUGUUGGCAAGCUUGAACGACCUUCUCGAGAAACCUUUCAAGAGCUAUUCCAAAGAAGAACAACUAGAGAUAGUGCAGAAUGGACGAUUUACCGAUCUAACCAACAUAUGCCAGAACGAUAAAGGCAAAUACCGCAUGUUCGCCGUCAGCUGGUAUCAGCGAGUGAAAUGGUUGAGCGGCAACACUGUUAAUAAAAAGUUGUACUGCUGGCAUUGCGUUCUCUAUCCGAGCGGUAACUUCAAAAUAUGGAAUUCGACGGGUUUCGAUGACUUGAAGAAUUUGUCGCAAUCCGUAAGGAAACACGAGGAGUCCAGAGAGCAUACGUAUUCGACCGUCAAGUUGAAGUUACUUUUGAAUAAAAAACGAAGCCAGGAAAACGCUCGAAAACAGUUAGAAGACAAUGUCAAAGUGAAGCGGAACAGGGAGUAUUUGGAGAGGUUGAUAGAUGUCGCCAGCGCGUUAGCACGCUUUAAUAUCCCAUUUCAGAAGGACGUUGAAGAGGGUUUCUAUAAAUAUUUGAUAACUGUCCUGAAGAAGUACGAUGACAUCGUUCGGACCCAAAUAGAAGUGAGCAGUCCAUUUAAAGGAUUGACCAGGACCAUACAAUUAGAUCUGAUCGAAUCUAUUGCGCAUACUGUUCGCCAGCGCAUAGUUCACGAAUUGGACUCAGUGAAAUUCUUCGCCCUCCAGGUGGAUGAAGUGAAUUGUCUAAGAGGGAGACAGAUCGCGGUUUCGUUGAGGUAUGUGAAGAACGCAGAGCCUGUAGAAAGGUUCAUCGGUUUCUUCGAUGUAGGCUUCAACAAGAAAGCUGACGAAGUAGUUGGCAUACUGGAAAGGGAAUUGGAGAGAUUCAACUACAAAGAAAAAAUGAUAGCCCAGUGUUUCGAUGGUGGUGUGGUGAAGUCUACCGAGAUAUACGAGCUACAGCAGUCUGUGAAGAAGCUCGUUGGGUCACCAAAUCGAUGUCAGUUCGUCCAUUGUUAUGCUUAUGAAUUCAGUGAUAUUCUGGCGCAGUCUUUGAGAGCGAUCCAAGAAUGCAAACUCUUUUUCACGAUGAUCUCGAUGUUUUCUGCUUUCUUCAGGAACCCUCUUCUAGGUGAAGUAGUACAAAACAUCGAUCUGUCAUGGACUGAGUCAACGUUUGCUUGCAUCAAAUAUUUGAAAGAUAACGACACUUCCGUUACGCAAAUCUUGGAAUACUUAAACAUAGCUGACGAGUUUGCGAAUGUACCACACAUCAUCUCUGAUUGUGUCAAUCUCAUUAAUCAUCUCAAGAGUUACAAAUUCAUGGUUUUCAUCAACAUGUUCCACAAUAUAUUCUCGAUGAUUGAGGAUUCUCUGGAAAAAAUAAAAAAUCAGGAAAUGAGCGCCAUAAAAUAUCGCGACGAAAUCAAUUCACUCACAACAAAAUUGAAACAGCUGAAAUCCGAGUCCAAGUUCAAUGACAUUUUCAAAAAUGUACAACACGUUAGCGGUCAACAAGUUAUACUCAAGAACAUGUUGGAUUUAUAUCUGGAGAUUAUCGAUCACAUAAUAUAUGAAAUCGAUGGGAGGUUUUUGGAUAUAGAGCUUCUCGAGUUCGCUUCGCUAGUUAGUGCACAUUCCAUGCCGAAGCCUUCAGAUCCUAAAUCCAGUAAGAUACCUGACUGUUGGGCCAUGAUCAAGGAGAACUACCAGAAUUAUUUCGACAAUGCGAAACUGAAAACAGAACUGGAAUUACUCUAUAACGAUUCAACCAUCGGAGGUAUAGGGGAGGCGGGUGUCAAAACCCCAAGAGAUAUGUUGAAAUUCCUAUACGAUCACGAGGUUAAUACUUCCUUGCCGAUGUUGUACAGACUUCUGGAAUUAGUGGUGACCAUACCGUCAUUCACGUGGCCAUUACGAGGGAAAGCGUGUGUUCUAAAUAGGAUUAAAGAUUAUUGCAAGUUGGAAAAGUUCGAAGAACCGAGAAGUGCCUUUGCUCUCUUAGCUAUAGAGAAAGAUAUGUUUCUGGAGGCAGAACAGUCGAGUCACUGGUAUGAUGAAAUCAUCGACUAUUUCGCUACAUUGCCGUCUACGAGCAGUAUAGAACUCGUGUAUAAAAAUGGCGAAACAUCGGGACAUGGUAAAACUAACAAAACUGAGCUCAUUUCUGAACCUGAAUUAUCAAUAAAACAAGAAUCAGAUAUGUUGUGAAAGUACAGUGAGGUUGUAAUGUUGGUGCUUCUUUAUGAAUAUUUUUAACAAGAAAUAUAUUUAAUAGG